AUGAGUCACUUGGCUAGAAUCUUGGCUGCGAGGGAGAAACCCCGUAAGGGUAGAAGUCACCUGGAGUUGACCAUCCCUCAGGGCCCCUGCCACCCUGUGGUGGGCGGCACCUACGACGAGCAGUACCAGAAGCAGCUCAAAAAGGUCACGAAGCUCAUCGCUGGCUCCCAAACCUUGCCAGAGCUUUCGAGAGAUGGAAUGCCAUCUGUGGAAGAUUGGGACUCGCUGCGAUCGAGACCAACCCCAAGUGCCGAGUUACAGUUCGUGUCGCAAGGCUCUCAGGACACGGAACACACAAUCAACUAUGAGAAAAUCUUGGUGCAUCUCUUGGAUACGAACUACGAGGGUGCGACUGCUUUGAUAUCGAGCUUGUGGUCUCAUGACGCGAAGAACAUCGGACGUCUGGCUAGCACUUCCAAGGCUCUCAAGGAAGCCGUCAGCAGAAACAAAUCUCGCUUCCACAUGCCAAGCAGAAAUUUCAAUUUCUGCGACUUUACCGGGUACACUCUGGUUCAAAUGGCAGAGAGACCAGAGAACGUGAGUGAUGGACUUCACAAGCAUCUUUUCGUGAUUGGCAAAGAUCUUCUGGCGCCGCCAGCCCCAAUCACGGGUAUUCCCACGCUUUGGGAGUCUGAUGACAAUCGUGAUCGGAUGUGGGCAUGGGCCGAAAGUCAGACGGGCAGCUUUGCCAUGACUGUGAAGCUGGCUCCUUACUACGCCACUGAGCGUCGGCUCCUCACAAUCGAGCGUCACUUGAGCGCCAAGCAGCAAAGCCUUGGUCAGGUUGCCAUUCGAGCUCCGACUCAUCACCAUCUACGGGAGGCUACAUGCACAAUCCCAUUGCUUCGGUCCUUGCACCAGUACGGAGCCAAUCUCAAUUGCCUCCGCCUCCACGAGGUCCCUGGACUGGACCUCCGGGUCACCAAGUUGGUCCUUUCAGCUUGCAAGAGUCUGACCAAGCUGGACAUAAUCGAAUGCGAGCUGCUGCACUUCAGCAGCAUUGUGCAGCUGCUAGACAUCGUGCAUGUCAACUCGAAGGAGGCUGGAAAGAGCCCUAUUCAACUCCAGUUCCGCCCUAAGACGUGGCUCGGAACCGACACCGGCCGCCAGGGCACAAUGGUGCUUUCUUUCGACGGCAUCCAAUACAACAACAUUCCGUCGGCAGUGAUGUCAACCGUAUUCAUGGCCGUCGUCAAGGCCGUCCCCAUGGGCAUCGACCUGGUGUCGGAGCACCGCGAAUUCCGCAACUUCCUCGACAUCAUCCCGAUGCGACCGGGAGCGAUGGCCCUCUUCUUGCACAACCUUAUGGUGUACAUUGACACGAUCCAAGACCCGGUCACUUGGGAAGCGCUAGACGAGGAGACCCAGAAGGACUUAGAGGACCAAGUGCUCUUGUCCAUUCGUGGCACGAUGCUUUCUUUCUACAAGAGAGACACUUACUAUCAGAAGCCCUAUGAGUGUGAUUCCUGCGGGUACUGGCUUAUCACGGCCUUCUUCCGGGAGGAGAUGAACAUUCGCCGCGCCGAUCAGCGCACCUGCCGAAUCUGUGAGCUUCAGAAGAAGCUGGACGGGCAAACUCAUCAUCGUCUUCUUGAGAAGCGUGAUCUGGUCGAUGAUCUGUUGUUCAACAGAGACGAGGAUAUGAUUAAGCAGACCCAUAUUGCCACCAUGCAGAUCCCCAACAACGACCUGAACAAUGUCCUCGCGUCGACACUUCCAAAUCCUUUCGUGAGGGACCCGGCGAUCAACAGCGGCCAUCGUGAGCUAGCCUUCCUGUGGCACUACAGGCUCCCGACUGUAGAGGCCCUUGUGUCACCGGACCGGCAGUACGACAUUCUCCGCGCCUCGGGCAGAGCCGCCUUCCUGGACGUUGCGGACGAGAUUGCAGCGUUGGAUGGCGUUUAUCCAGACCAUCCAAUGCUCUCUCGACAACGUCGGGCCACUGUCAAGAGCAUGAAAAAGACGUGGGAGCAUUACAUCUGGCGGGAGGUCGGCAACGAAGAGGCCGGCUUCUGGUAA